AUGCAUUCCUAUACAAUUAAAAAAAAUCAAGUCAUACAAUGGCAUCGCCAGGCCGGAAGAAAUGUGUGGGUCCCCGAGUGCGACAAGAAGUUCGAGAGCUUACUGCAACAAAACUUUGGCACCGCCAAGCUUCGGCGUAAGUUGAGCAACGUAGCGCCAGUGUUCAGUGAGGAGGUAGACGACGCUCUUUUUGAGUUCCUCGAGCAGGAAAGGAGCACUGAUUUGAUUGAUUUCACUGGACGUGCUAUUAGUAACAGACUUCUCUCAGAAGAAGCUGUCAAAAUAGCCCGCAGCUUGCAGCUAGGAAAUUUUGCUUCAUCGAGCCAGUAUAUCAAGAGUGUGGGGUUUGAAGUGACAAUGCGCCAAUCCAAAAAUGAGAGCCAGAAGACUCCUGACAAUUUCUCAAAGGCAGUAAAGGCAUUUCGCUCUGCUGUGGAUAGCCUACAAGCACGCCACGACUACACACAUUACAACAUUUGUAAUAUGGACCAGACGAUGGUCCAAAUGGACUCGCCGACGAGCAGGACGAACAACCUGGUUGGGGCGAGCACCGUGCGCAUUGCCAAUACUGGCUGGGAUCGCAGGAGCUUCACGAUUGCAGUGGCAGCAUGCGCAAGUGGCCACAAACUACCAGCUUUUAUCGUUUUUAAGGAACAAGAUGGAAAGGUAUCAACCAAAGCGUUCAUGAGCCUUCAUAUACCAGGUGAGUGA